AACUUCUUCUACUACGUCCUUGUUUCAAGUUUUCAAACUUCUUCUACUACGUCCUUGUUUCAAACUUGUUUUUAUUUGUGCAUCAGUCAUCCUUCGUAUCACUCGUCUACUUCGAAACUUUGAUGCUAGAAUCAUCCUCAAGCACCCGACAACAUUCCCACUGAACACAAUCGUCAACACAAGAGAAGUCACGACGGUAAGAGCUACUUACGGUGAGGGAAGCAACACCGUAUAUAGGAUCCCCAGUAAGAACUACUUACAGUGAGGGAAACAACACCGUACAUACAUAGGAUCCCCAAACGACGUCUCCAAUGAGGUCACGACGUUGGAGACGCUGCCGCCACAAUCGGCCAAUCAAAAGCCGACCAACCGGAAUAGAGUUUUCAUUGGGAAAUCCAACAAUACCACGGCAAGGCCUUCGAGAAGAAAAACGACGCCUGACAACGCCACCAUUACCGACACCAGCAUAUUAGCAUAUACUAGGGUAAAACCUUUUCGCCUGGUAAUUCUGCACAGUUACAAUCCACCGGAAGCGCCCGACACACCAUGACCACCGAAGGCCUGCUGCUAGGACCACCCAAGGUGGUGUUGAGUGGGUUCUUGGGUGCAGAGGUCCGUAUAUAAAUUCAUUCCACUAUUCUAAAAGUUGUCUUAUUAAAAUAAAAAAUAAAAGGUGGGAGUAAUAUGGACCAACAAACACAUACGGUAACUUUUGCAUUUCGUCAUCAAAUUGACGUGCCUACGGUCUACCCAUGUGAAACAGUAGCUGAACGAUUUUGGUCUAUAUUUAUGCAUCCGCUUAAUGAGCAUUACGAGCGACCAAAUUUGAAACCCGCUGUGAAAUAGAACACGCAGCAAACCCGUGGAAGGGUGCCUCUUCACCUCCCGGCUGUUCGAUCGGUUCCCCACCGAAGGGAGGUGCCCCUUCGUGUGAACCAGCGCAUCUUUUCACCGCGGUCUUUUUACCACACUCAACCACGGCUAGUGUCGCCUACAUAUAUGCGAUCCCCAUUCGGCCAUAUAUUCCUGCGUCUUCGACUCUUCGUUUCAUCAAUCCUGGCACCGUCGUCGCAGUCCCAACAUCCACAAGAGGGCACAGCACUGAUCCACACCAAACUGGGACUGCGACUAUUAGCCCCUGAUUUUGACCUGCCACGAUCAAGCUCACUUCUUGACGGAACCAAGCUCAGUUACCAGUCGAAUCAUGACGAGAAACGCGUGGUCCGUGCUGCUGAUUUUGAUCUGUUUAUGGGUUUGCCCUCUGAGGACCAGUGGAUUCUCAUGGAACAUCUUCUCCUCCUCGUCGCCGGGCUCGUCGGCGAAGGCGGCUAACCAGCGCGCUCCAAUGAUGGAGCUAGAUGGCGCGGUGGCCGACUUCACCAUGGACGGCGCCAACAACCCGCGAGGGCUGAAGCUGCUGGAGAACGCGCAGAGCAAGCUCGCCGGGCCGAGGAACUGCUGGCAGGAGGCGUACCGGAAGCUUUUCGCCAGCUGCGGCGACAUCAUGGCGGAUAAGGAGAGGCAGUCACGCCUGGCCUGGCACCUCAGCAGCUGCUUCCAGGAGGACUCGGGGCGGCCGCCCUUCCCGUCCUGCGCCGAGGGCUCCAGGAUGGUCCAUUGCCGCAGCCGGCUGAGUGAUUCCGAGGGGAAGGUGUUCCUUGAGUUCUUCCUCGAGACCAAUACCCUGUGCCACCAGUUGCAGGCUGAAGCGUUCAAGCACAACACAGAGAGGCUCGUCAAUGACCUGACAAGGACAUCCAAGUCUGCCGAGGAGAAGCUCGAGGUGAUCGAGGAGAGGUCAGAUCAAAUUAUUAAGGAGUCUGAAAAGGUUCAGGACAAGAUAUCAUCGAUCGAGGAACAAACCGACCGUCUGGCAGAGACGUCGAAGAACGUGGGGGAGCAGAUCAAUGACGUGCUGGAUCACUCGAAGGCCAUCUUUGAGCAGUCCAAGGAGAUCGCCAAAGCUCAGGCAGCCCUCAAGGAAGGGCAAACGGAGAUGAGGGAGAAGAUCGACGCAGGCAUGGCGCGCGUCGAGGAGUCGUAUGCGAGCCUUGGUAAAGGGAUGGAUAACCUGAAAGAGGAGACAGGAUACGUUAAGAGGGAAAUAAAAAGUGUUGGCGAUUCAAUGUCUUCAAAGAUGCAAGAUUUGCAGAGCAAGGCUGAUGAUAUUGGGAGUGUGGCUGGCAAGUCAUUGGAGAAUCAGAUGCAGCUGCUGGAUCGUCAGAGCCGGACCAUGGAAGGAUUGAAUAAUCUCCACAGCUUUCAAGCAAAAGCUCUUGAAGAAAGCAGGGAAACAGUUCAGAAACUUGCGCAGUUUGGCCAACGCCAGCAGGAAGAGCUAUUGGCCCGGCAAGAACAGAUCCGGCAAGCCCACGAUCAUCUCAUCCAAAACUCGCACUCAAUACUGGAAGCACAGGAAGAGUUCAGAGCAAAGCAGGCCAACAUUUUUGCCGCUCUGGAUAAACUGCACAUCCUGCACAACGCCAUCCUAGCCGAGUCUCGCUUCAUCAAGGCAUUCUUCUUCUACUGCUGCAUCGUGUUCCUCAUCUACAUGCUCACUAGUGCAAAGCAAACGUUCAGCAUCAGGGGCCAGCUCUACUUUGGUCUUUGCAUCACAUUAGUCCUGGAGAUUGGGCUGAUCAAGAUCGGCGCCGACGACUUCGACAAGCAGUUCUGGAUCAUGUCCAAGGUGUUCUUGGUCAGAAUGCUGUUUCUCGGGGUCGCCACUGUCCAGAUCCUUCACUCUAUAUUCACCUACAGGGACUACGAGGCGCUGAACCACCGGCUCCUCCAGACGCUGGUGGAGAAGGUCCGGGCGCUGGAGAAGAACGCCGGCGGGAGGGCGCUGCCGUACGACACGGAGGAGAGCGAGGGGAGCCUGAUGGAUUACUCGUGGGUCUUCGACGAGCUGGCGGACGAGGUGGACAGCAAGGUGGAUCCAAGCUACGUGUUGCCGCCGGUGCGGCCGCCCCGGACGUGCCACGAGGUCGUGUUGCCGGAGGAGGUCGGCGAGAACUCCAUCACCACGUUGGUGGGCCGGAGGUACAAUCUACGGUCGCGGAAGUAG